AUGGGUUUCCUGGGGGUUGGGUUUCUUCUGGGAAUUCGUUGUGUCUCGCUACGGAUAAACUCGUUACUGGCGUCUGUCUUUCUGCUUUUCCUCUCUCGUAACACUGUAGCAAGAGUGAUCUUGCCGUAUAGAUUGGGAGCGAUUCAUCCGACGGCUGCGAUGGAAACUCGAGAAGAAUCAACGAAUGCGAACCACCAACCCGCAGAUUCAGGCAUAACAAUCGGUACCACGUCGCUUCCAGGACUGGUCAUUUCAGUCAGAAGCAGCACACGAGCCAUCGGGACAGAGUCAACAACACAAGGCACUGUAUCCGACGUGACUUUAUUGAGAACUGUGCCUGUAUCGGAUACGACCGCAGCAGAGGGAGCAGGAGAAUUGCUAGCGAGAAGGAGGAGGCUAGCAGGGUUUGAGACGUACGAUAUUCGGCGAGUGCGAGAGUGGGUGGUCGCACACAAUAACGUCAGAAAGCUUUACUCUCGAAAUGGGAUCAGAGAAGGUUCUUUCUCUUCCUCCUCCUCCGCCUCCCCUCCUCUCCCCCCUCUCCUCUGGGACCCUGCGCUAGCCCGCUUUGCCCAAGCCCACGCGGAUUCAGUGGGUGCCAACGCGCAGUGCCGCCCGGAAGCCAACGAGGCGGCGGGGGAGGCGGGCCUGGGGGAGGUGUAUCUGUGGGCUGCGGUGGAGAAAGGGGAGGCGUUAUUCACCGCUGCAGAGGCUGUUAACGCGUGGGCGGAGCAGGGAAAGCACUACAGCAGCAGCACAGGGGCGUGCGUGCAAGGGGAGGACUGUGAAGCAUUCAUUCAGCUCACGUGGAGAGACACGAGGAGAGUGGGGUGUGGCGAGGCGCUCUGUCCCUACAAGGGCAAUUUCACUGGGGUGGCUCAGUUUCUCGUCUGCAACUACCAUCCUCCUGCUGCUGCUCUCUAG